AUGGACAAUUUCGACCAGCCUGAAAUUCUGGACGAUCUGGUGGACGGCUGGGUGGCGGAUGAGCGGCUGCAGUUCAUCCACCUGCUGCAGCAUUUUGCCUCCAGCAAGCACCUGCGCGUCAGCAUCCUGUCGGGCGAUGCGCAUGUUGGCGGCGUGGGGCGCCUGUACAGCCGGCCCAAGUACAAGAACAUUGGGGACGACCCUAUGUUCAUGCCCCAGAUUGUGUCCAGCGCCAUUGUCAACGCGCCGCCACCUGGCGGCAUCGUCAAGAUGCUCAUGAAGACCAACUGGGCAUCCAAUGUCGAUGGCAAAACGCGCCAAAAGAUGGUUAGGGCCUUCUACCCGCAUCACCCCCGCACCGACAAGCUCAUCGCUGCUCGCAACUGGUGCGACGUGAGCCUGGUGGCGCCUCCCUUUGCGCCUCCCAUGGUUCCCGAGGAUCCAAACUUUGGCGGCCUGCGCUUUGUGCUGCGUGUGGCAGUGGCCUCUGGAUUUGGCACUGCUGUGGACUCCCGCACCAUGCUCAACCUUCCCUCGCAGCGCCGCGAGGGCGAGACUGAGGACGCAUAG